ACCAUGUAGAAUCAAGUGAUUCAGUACAGAAUCAAAUGGAUUAAUUGAGUCAGCUGUGUGUGAGUGGCAAACCUCUUCAAGUGAUGUUGAAAUAUAUAAGGUCUCAGAGUCUGUUCCAUGUCAUUUACAGAGGCAAAUACAAUAUGAAAUGAGCAAUUAAAGAUGAAAAUUAAAGUUGACCCAUGGUUAUUGGUAUCUCCAAAUAAAAUUUCAAGUCUUGUGUUUUUGUCAUCGUUUAUGUGGUUGUUUGGUUGUAUGAGCUAUGAAAUAUUAUAUUUGUGUAUGAAAUUUAUGAAAUGAAAGAGAAAAGAAAUCGUCAGAAUGUGCGCGCGAGCGAUGCAAUGCAUCCAUUCUUCAUGAUUCCAUAAACACAUCGUCAUUAAUGUCUGUAAAACGUACAGUGAAUUUUAAAAUGGAACAAAUGAACUAAAUACUGCUGAAUCUUAUGGCAAAGACAGUGAAUAUUCUGAAGAUGUUAUCGUAUUCAUUGGAGAAGACGCCUUACGAAAAUUUCGAUAAAAUUGUGAAAGGCAUUUUCAUCAAAAGUGAAUCAUGAGCGCCGACGACGACGUUGAUAACGUUGAUCAACAAGAAUUAGACAGUGUUUUAUGUACUGAAGAAGUUGCAAGCGAUUGUUGAAAUUCAUAUUCCAUUAAAAUCCUACAGUGGCAGUAAGUCCCUACGAACAAACGAUUUGUCUCUUAAUCGAGACAGUAAAUAUCAAUAUGCUGUCCUGUUGAAGUGCUAGAAAUCCUACGGAGCUACCGGUGAUGACAUGGCGUUCUUCUUCAAGUCAGAAAAGGAAGUAAACAUUUUUAUGUUGGGGAAAUUGAUUGUUGAUCAUGGGGGUGAAGCUUUGAGAAUAACUUUGAGAAAACAAAUGUCAGGUACUGAAUUAUUCUUUUUCUUGAAUACCACUAAAAAUAGAAAUAAGCUUUUGAGAAUAAAGAAGAAAAUAAUCAGGCACGAUGCAUGGAUUCUUUUGUAUCCAGAUCCUCCAAGACUACCUGAUGAAAAUGAUUUUGACAUUACUCUACUUUGUGUCCUUUUGCGCACUAUUUGCAAUUUAAAACAACCGAAUAAUCCUAUCUGGACAAACAAACCUAAUGCCACCGAUCAUUCAACCGAAGCCGAUAUUACCCGUAUCAGGUUAUAUCGUAAUGAGUGUUAUGCUCACAUACCUAACACAUCAUUUAGCUUAGGUGACUUUGAGACUUUGUGGAAGGAAGUUUGCCAACCAAUAGUUCGUUUAGGAAUAAGUCAGCAAAAAAUAGAUCAAUUAAACCAAGAAAGAACUCAGCCGAUUCUAUGUCUAGUGGGUAACGAAACAACAGUUAGAAACCCCAGUUUUGAAUUUGGAGCCGAUAUUUUGACCAACAAUCUUGUAAGUUGUAAUUUUGAGUGUGACAUUAGUAAUCAAUAUGAAACAUUUUUACAUGGAACACGGGAAUGGGUUUUUGAUGAGUUUUUGGCUUGGUUUGAAGACAAUACUUCUCAAAAUCGUGCAUUUGUUAUUUCUGCUGUUGCUGGAAUGGGUAAGUCUGCAAUUGCAGCAACUUUAUGUAAACGUUAUCCAAGCUAUUUCGCUGCAGUUCAUUUCUUUCAACACAAUGACAGUCGUUUCAAUGAUGCCAAUGUACUUCUUCAAUCUUUAGCUAGGCAAAUUGCUCGCAAUUUUCCAGCUUACGAAAAGCUUUUAGAGGUGAAACUUAGAAAUGUCUCAGAACCUCUGCGUGACAUGAAUGUUGAAAGACUAUUUUCCUUUCUUUUUACUGAGUUGUUUGAAAAAAUCACGGAAUUUCCUAAGCGGACUUUAAUUAUGCUGGAUGCGCUAGAUGAAUGUGGUUAUCCAGAAAGCCUUCUCCUGGCUGAUUUGUUAGAUAAUCAUUUGUUCAAACUUCCGCCUUGUUUCUACUUUGUAAUCACAACAAGACCUAACAAAGAUUGUCAUAUCAUAAUUGAAAAACUAAAUCCGCUCUUCAUCAAUUUCAGUGAUGAUGAUAACUUGAAUGAUGUAAAAUUACUAAUUGAUGAAAGAAUUGGUCCCACUAAUAGAGUUUUGCAUCUUAAGGAAAAUUUGCUAGAAAAGUCUGACGGACUUAUGUUGCUUGCAUCGCUUCUCUCCAGCAAAAUUAAAAAUCAGGAUUCGUUCAAUGGAUCCAUACCAAAGGAUCUCAAUGAAUAUUACGAAAUUUCCUUAAAAAGAAUAAGUGACGAAUUAGAUUCAUUUCAAAUCAGUAAAGAAAAAUUUCAGUCACUUUUAAAUACAUUAGCAGUUGCUAAAGAACCCCUUCCUUGGGAAGUAGUUGAGGACAUACUUAAUUUCAAUUGCGUUUCAUCUGUGGUUAGAGAAAUUAUGUUGUGCCUUUUUGCUACCAAUGCAGAAGGACAUGUUUCGUUUUUCCACAAAUCUUUAUCUGAUUGGCUGGCUGGCGAGUGUAAACAUAAUUACUCUGUUAAUACUACUGAUGGUAAUCGAGUUGUUUUAGCGUUUUGUUCAAGAACUUUAGACAAUCUCAAAGCUGUCGACGUGGACUACAAUAACUUUGUUAAGCGGGCAUCAGUAAUGUAUUCAGUCAAAUAUUGGUUUCUUCAUAUGAUUGCUAUUUGUGAUAAUGAUCAUGUUGUUGAAUAUGUUGGUAAAUAUCUUGUUGACUUAGAUGUUUUACUUGCCUCUGUAUCGAUUGAUAGACAUCGUACUUUGGAAAACUUUCGUCUUAUAAGCUCUCAUAACAUAUACUUUCAUCUUUCUGAGGGCACUCGAUUGUUAUUUAAUGACAUUUAUUGUGCUAUUACGAGGCAUUUCAUGAAUUCUAUAAUUUUUUUGCAGUACGUUGUCAACGAAAUUAAAGAUCUUGCGCCAAAAGCUUCCACAAUGCUUCAAACACGUUUCAGAGAGUCUUCUUAUGUUGAGCGCCUCGAUACGCAUUUUGUAUUAAAUCCAUUUUUACGUUUAGCGCGAAACUUGAUUUCAGUAAAUGUAUCGCGAAAUUAUGACUAUGUCGUUUGUGGUUAUGAAGGGUUUAUAGUUCAACUUUUUUCUCUGACAACGAACAGGUGUUUAUGGAUAAAAGAUAUAUCUGAUCAGUUAAGUCUAAGUGAAUUGAAAGGAUUUUGCGUUGUCUUUCAUCCUUUCACCGAUCUGAUCUUCGUUUCCCAAUUGGAUAAAGUUCUAAAUGUUGACAGGAAAGUUGUCUCUAGUCCUUUUCAUUGUGAUGAUUCAACUUGUAAGUUCUUUACCAACAGUUGUUUUCCAAGGAUAAGUACACAAUGGUCACUAGUUACAAAGAUAUUUUGACUGUAUGGGACGUUGAGAAAGGUCAAAAGAUGCACAGUGUUAUAUGCAGCAAUGUGACAUCCCUGUGUUUUUCCAAUUCAAAAAAAUAUUUGGGUAUUAUUGAUGAAAAAAACGUAUUUCAAACAUUUGACGUAACGAAGGAUUAUAAGUUAUUCGAUUCUUCACCUUUUGAAAAUGAUGCAAAGUGCUAUCGCUAUUAUGAUAGAAAGCUUCGUAUUCUUUCCACUGUUGGUCUUCAUUCUUGGUCUUGUGCUUUGUCUCAUAAUGACAAAGUUUUCGUUGUCAAUCCUAGUCAAGAGGCACUUCCUGGGUUAGAUCUUGAGCGUACAUUUGGUUUGUCUUCGCUUGAUCCCUUUGAUGAUAACAUGUUAGGCGUUUCUUUGAUUAAUUUCACAGGAUAUUAUUAUUAUUUAUUGAAUGAUAACAAUGUACUUAUAUUUGAUUAUGGACAUGCUUCUCAUCUUGUUUUAAUGGCGCGCACAAUUUUAACAAAAUAUUUGGUUCUUGAUAACCAGAUAGUUUGCUCAAAUGGCAACUUUCUGUAUCGGAGAGAU